UUAAUACACAGUAUAAGGCAUCAAGGGUCCAUAGCUCAGUGGUAGAGCAAUUGACUGCAGAUCAAUAGGUCACCGGUUCGAACCCGGUUGGGCCCUUCUUUUUUAAUUUAAUUAGUAUUUUGUUUAUAAAAAAGAUUUUAAAAUCCCUAACGCUAUUUAUCUAGUUCAACUUAUAUUCAUCGGUCCAUAUUGAUUACGAAGCCCAUUAGUAAACAAAAUCUUUAUAACGCGAUUCAGCUAAGUUCCAAUUCUCCAAACAAAGCAAUCAAACUACCUUUUGUCCCAAAAAAAAAAAAAAGCAAUCAAACUACCUUUGAAAACUCCAAAUCACAACUUCUUACUUGACCCUUCACUGACGUCAAAACCGCAAGCAAAGACUCACAGUUGAGAUAACGUUGAAGUCUCGUACACUUUAACCAACCCAUAAGUGUCCUCGUGACUCUAUCCACUAGGCACUAGCCAACGGAAACUCACGACUCUCAUCCAAAAGAAACCUAUAAACUUCCCAAUGUCGAUCUAAAGUUGAAUGUCUCCCAAUCUCAUCAGCCUACAAGAAAACACCAUUCUAAUCUUUAACAACCACAAAAUAUAAACCUUAGAAAUAAUAACAUAGUAUAUAUACUUACGGAUAAAGUGCAGAUUCCUAGUGACUUCAACGUGAGUGUGACAUCAUAGAAAACUCGGAGACUAUUAUCGGAGUUUAAAGUUUAACAAGCUGUACUUGUGUAGCUUGUAAGACGGUCCGCAGAUCUUAAGGUAGAUAGAUGAUUUAGAUAUUUCUUUCUUUGUGUCGGCUCGCUAAUACAAUAACAAACACAUAUUGUGUGAUUCAUAAUAUUAAAUACCCAUGCUGAUACGUUUUGUUUUUUUAUUUUAUUAAUAAAGCUUGUGGUGGUGGGAACUAACUUGUUGUAUUUUUAAUUCAUUCACUUGUGUUUUAAACCUUUCCCAGUUCAGUCUAUUGUUUGUCACCUUAGCAUGCAAGACAACAUGGAAACAAAAAAUUAUCCCCAAAACAGAUGAAGUUCUCCUUGUGAGAGGAGAUUGAAGAUAUAACUGCUAUAUAUGAGCUUAAGUGUAGAAACAAGUGGUUAAAAGAAUAUGAGCGAAUGUUUUUUGGAAACAGGUGAAAGGAUAUGAGUUUACCCGGAGUUGAUAAUUGACCCCAAAUUUGUUUAGACAUCUCAUAUCAUCCAAAUACCUACUCAAAUGCACUGAAAAUCAUACUUGCACUUAUGAGACUAGCCGACAAGGCUUGCAAAAUGUUGGAUGGUCUGUUCUGACAUGGGAGGAAGCAAAUCAAAGUAUAUAAUACAACGCUUUUCCAUGCAUUAUAGAAUGGAAAUAAGAAAUUUUCCAAAGUUCAAGAACUCAAGAGAAUAAAGAGAUUCAAAGAAACCAAGUGGUAAAUGACAAAAAGAAUCAAACUAAAAAUGGGACAUCAAUAUCAAUGCUACGUAAAAUGUGUGAUUGGUCGAUGAAAUAGGCUGCAUAACUGUUGAUGCACAUCAUGAAAAUAAUUGAAGUGGAAUCACUGACACUCAGAUUUGGUGAGUCUCUGACUUUAGCCAAUCUAGUAUCAAUCAGCGAAUGAAGAAGCGCAAAACAAGCAAAUCUCACUCUCUACUUCCACAUCUUUGAUUUUUGUACAUCCCCUUAUUGCUCACAUAUCAUAGCUAAACUGCAUAUCAGCAUGUGCGCCACAUGGGCUAAGGGCCUUUAUGUGCUAUCCAUAUUUGAUGUUUUCGCAAGGGGAAACUAUGUGAAGGUAAAUACAAACUUUCUUUUUAUAAACAAAUAAUUAAACUGUAUAUUAUUUUAUUUUUUGAAACACAAUUAAACUAUAUAUUAUAAAUCCGAAAAUUUCUAUAGAAAAGGAAUGGUCAGCCGUGGCUUUCGUAAAAGGGUAAAAUUUCGUAAUCAUUUUAGGUUUUUUAUUGCUUGUAAAAAGAUGUUAUAUAUAGCGAAGUUUCCUUUAACCAAUAAAAAGCUAUAUAGAGAAGUUUCACUUUCACACUUCACUAUGUAACACUCAUUUUUGGAAUUUCUUUAUUUUUAACUUAAAUCUGGUUUUUCUCUACAAAAACCUUUAUUUCUCAGAAUCAUAAACAACCUUCAUAGAUUCCUUCUGCAUUUCACAUUUAUUUUCUUUUUUAAGGAUUUGAUUUAUCAUAAAGUCAAUUUUCAUUGUGAUUAAACGAUGAACAAGAGAUGUGAAUCUUAUCUGGAGCAAGAAACAUGAGAUCUUUGAGCAGUGUGGGACUUGCUCUAAGCAUAGUCUUUGGUUGUUUGCUACUAGCUCUUCUCGCUGAGCUCUACUACUUGCUCUGGUGCAAGAAGAGGAGGUCGACAACGACUAGACCUGAUCUCCAAAAUGACUAUUCUACCCCUGCAACAAGAGAGCUUCUCUUCAUCCUCUGUUGCAGCACCAACCCUUCUUCUUCGUCGUCUCCUCCUUCGUUCUCUAGCCCUAAACCCAUUGGAACUCAACAGCAAUGCCUUCUUCCUCCCGAAGGUGAUGAAGGUGGGUUUGGGAACGUGGUGGGUCCAGGGCUAGUGCCGAGGUUCCUGUUCACUAUCAUGGAAGAAACAGUGGAGGAAAUGGAAUCCGAAGAUGGUGGGGUUUCCACAAAAGGAAAGAGUUUGAAUGAUUUGUUUCUAAAUAUGGAAAGUGGUUCCACUCCUCCGUUUCUCACUCCUCGUGCUUCUCCUUCUUUGUUCACGCCUCCUUUCACCCCGUUAACGGAGUCUUGUAACGGCAGAAGAGAAGAGGUCUUCUUCGAGUCGUCGACUGAUGCUGAGUUUAACAGGCUAGUGAGGUCAUCACCACAUUCACCAGCAUCAUCUUCAUCGCCAUUGCCGAGAUUCAAGUUCUUGAGAGACGCAGAGGAGAAGCUUUACAAGAGGAAAGUGACCGAGAUUUCAGAAGAAGCUGAGGAAGUCAGCUAGGGUUAAAUUGGUAAUAACAGAGUUUUUAAGAGUCGGAUUGUUGAAGAUGAGGUUUUUCAUCAAGAACAUGACAAAAGGUGGUCCAAGAACUUAAAAGAGUUUCAAAUCUUUAUACAAUUGAAAUAAUUGGAAUUUUUGCUAUUUUUUUUUCUUUGGAUUUUAAUUGUCUUGGUAAAUUUUUUAUUUUAGCGUUUUGGCUGCUAUGCUUACCUUGUCAUCAGCAUUUUUUGGUCUGGAUUAUUUUGAAUUAAGCCAGUUUUGUAAAUUUUCAGUGGAUUAAUAAUUUGUUUAGCCAA